AAUGUCAGGAGAAGAAUCAAUGCCCGAUGAAGAGCAGAAGCAAUCUGAGGAAGAAGAGGAAAUGAUAAGAAAAAGAACGUUAGCGAUGAGGAAAAAAGUCGAAGAAAUUAUGAGAAAUGGCGCCGGGCUUGUUCGUGAAUCAAAUGGUUUGCCGAAAGCUGGUGCGGAUUAUGAGCUCUACAACUCGUAUCCGACAUUCAACACGUUUAUGAAGCGAUCCGAGCAGAGAUUGAAUGCACUCAUGAACAAAGUCACCAAGUCAAUAGGAUGUGCAAUGCGAGUUCCAGAUGUCGGUUCAUCAGUCGAACAUUACACAGAAUGUGUUAUCGAGGCUCAGGACAACAUUGCAGAACGUGCAGCAACUCUCCAUGAAGCGCUGAAAAAAGCCGAGCUAGAUGAGAUAGUCAAAGUUCCAGAAUUCAUUACAAAAGCCGCCCCAACAAAUCGAAAAACCGAAGCAGAAGUUUCAGCGGCAAUGAGAACGUUUUCAGCGAAUAUUGGAACGGUUUUGGCGGAGAAGUUUAGAGAACGAAGAGAAGAAGCUGCUCAGAUGGUUGUGUUGGAAAAACCACAGAAGACGUAUAACAUCAGUUCGGACAACUCACAAGCUCCUUUUUCUUCUAAAUUGACUGUUAAACAUCAUGCCAUUGAAAAACGAACGGGUAUUGUUCUCCACGAUGACGAUGAGUCUGGAAGAAGAGAUUGGAUAAGUGCUGAAACAGAAACUGAAGAGGAACAUCCAUAUAUCGCUGAAAUUCUUCACUUCAAAGUUCCAGAAGCUCAGCUGAAAUCUGCAGAGUGUUUAAAAUUCACAGCAUUGAAGGAUACUCCAUUGACAAUGAUUGAUACUAAGGAGAAGCUUGAAGCAUUAACGAAAACUUUGAAUUCUGUAAAAGAGUUCGCAGUCGACUUGGAGCAUCACCAAAUGCGAUCGUAUCUUGGAUUGACCUGCCUUAUUCAAAUUUCAACAAGAGAUGAAGACUUUAUCAUUGAUCCCUUCCCAAUAUGGGAUCAUGUUGGAAUGCUCAAUGAGCCAUUUGCAAAUCCACGUAUUCUCAAAGUUUUUCACGGUUCUGACAGUGAUGUUCUCUGGCUACAAAGGGAUUAUGGAGUUCAUGUUGUUAAUUUAUUUGAUACAUAUGUUGCCAUGAAAAAGCUGAAGUAUCCUAAAUUCAGUCUUGCCUACCUCACUCUCCGAUUUGCCGACGUUGUUCUGGACAAACAAUAUCAACUGGCUGACUGGAGAGCACGGCCUCUACGAAAUGCGAUGAUAAACUACGCGAGAGAGGAUACUCAUUACCUUUUGUAUAGUUAUGAUAUGCUCCGAGAGCAACUUCUGAAACAAGAUACCAAGGAUUUGGCCAACGUCUACUCAGAGUCUAGCGAUCUUUGCAUAAAAGUAUACAAGAAACCAGUGUUCAAUCCGAAAGGAUAUUUGACGGAAAUAAAAUUCCGAUUCACACUGAAUACUCGACAGGACUAUGCACUUACACAUCUUUUCAAAUGGAGAGAUGUAGUAGCUAGAGCAGAAGAUGAGAGCCCACAUUUUGUACUUCCAAAUCAUAUGAUGCUAUCACUUUCUGAGACAUUACCACGAGAUGUUGGAGGUAUCUACGCGUGUUGUAACCCGUUACCGUACUUUGUGAAACAGCGAACUGGUGAUAUUUUGAAAAUAAUUGUGGAGGCCAGAGAUGUGAAGCUUGAGAAAGUGGGAUUGUCGGCGAAAGAAAGAAAUGAUGCACAGGAAGCACGAGGUGUAAUGAACGAUACUAUGGAUCAUAUCACUUCAGUUUUAAAAUCAAAAAUCGACUUUUCACACACUAGAUUUGACGAAGAACGCGGAGAAAUUUAUAUUGAUAAGACAGAUGAAGGAAUGGAUAUCGAGCUGAAAGAUCAUAAAGAAUCAUUGUUAUCAGUGCUCCAAACGGCUGAAAUUCCAAGUGUGGAAACUAUGAUUGUUGUGGAAAAAGGAAAGAAAUCGGAUAAUCAGAAAGUUAAAAAGUUGUUGAAUGAACUUGACAAAUUUGUAACUCCAUUUGAAUGUUAUCAAAUGAUGAUGAUUACAAAAGAAAAGCAAGAAGAAGAAGAGAGAAAAGAGGCUGAGAGAAAGAAAUUGGAGGAAGGUGAUCUACCGAAGACUAUGUUCUCACAUCAUGAUGCUCCGAUUAAUAGAAAACCUGAAUUCGAUGCGAAGCUUCUAAACGUUGAUACACUGAAGCUGGUCCCAGAUGAUCCGAACAAGCCGAAAGAUCCAGAACCUUCACCAAUGGAAGAAUCUUCAUCGGAACCUCAAAUCUUCGAUCCAUCUCGUUUUACCGACGACCAGCUACUGUCAAAGAAGGCAAUGAAAAGAAAGAGAGAUGCUGCUCGACGAAAUAUAGAUGUUUCUGUUGUGCUCGGCGAGUCGUCGAGUAGUUCAGAUCCAAAAAAGAAAAAAUCUGAUGAUGAUGCUCCCGUUGAAGAUUUUGAUUAUGAAAAAGCUGAUAGUAGUGCAUUUGAAAAACCUGUUCGAGACAACAACGCCGAUUUCGAUCCAUUCCAUCAAAAAUAUCGAUUGAAGAACAAGACAAAGAAGAAUAUGGCUAUGAAAAAAUCAUCGAAUCGACAAGGAACCAUCAACUACAAAAAAUGAUUAAAUUGUUACAUCCCAUCCCAUUACCAUUGUUAUUUUACUUUUUGUUGUUGUGCUUUUUCUUUUGCUUUGAAAUUAAAGAAAACUGUUUUUG